CUUUGUUUUAUCAACAAAAAUUGUUCAUUUUUAUUCAAUGUUUGUGUGUGUUCCAUGUAACAUGUAGCCUGUUUUUGUUUCUGUGUUACCUUACUACUGAAUAGACUGUUAACAAUCAACAUGAGAUUAUUUUUCUACUUUUUGAUUGCAGUUUAUUGUCAUUAAUUGCAAUAUACUCAAUAACUGGAUCCAAACUAAAUUUUCCUCUUUUUUUGUCGCUGGUGUGUGUGUGUUUUCAUCUCUUUAUUUCUUUCUUUCUCUCUUUUCAUCUCUCUUCUCUUUCUCGGCUUUUUAUGAAUCAACUUCUCUGUCUGUCUGCCUGUCUGUCUGUUUAUCAGCUUUUCUCCUUUUUUGGGGGUACUUUUGGCCCUCCCGAAUCAUUUAGUCUUUCCUCUUUGCAAUCGCUUUCUUGGGUUGCUUCCUUUGGUUAAAUGUUUGUUAUUCAUUGUGAUUUUUUGUGCUUCGUAUCACCUCUAUAUCCAUCAACAUCUUUAUUCAGUUAAUCUCCAUCAUUACCUAAAUCGAAUAACCAUGCUGGUCAUCUUUUCUUUGAUUACUCAUCUGAUCGUCUAAGGAAUAGAACAAUGUUACAAGUUUAUCCACUACAAAGUGUACCAAAGCCUUUUUCCCUGUUUAUAUUGUUACAACCAAUUAAAUUAUGCUACUUCAAGUGAAGUAUUGAGUUUUUUCUUUGUCAAAAAAAGAAAUUUUGUUGCAAGAAACAUCUUGUCAUCUAAAUUAUCUUUCACAGUGAUCUUUUGAUUUAUUUUUAACAAGAACACCAAACACCAUCUACUUUAACUAUCAUCUUCAAUCCUAAUUCAACGAUUUAUUAUCUACUUACCAAGUUGCAAUGUUCUAGCUUCUGCAAUAAACAAAACCUCAAAGAGUAACUCAGAUUUACUCAUCUUACAAUAAAAAAAAAUACAAAUCUAACCAAGUCUAAUCACAGUAACAUAAAAAUAGUAAAAUAUAAAGAUUAUAUUCUGGUCGAAAGUCAAAUAAAAGAGAGAAAAUCUCUUCAAAAAAAAGGAUAAAACAUCAUGGAUCAUUCAGUGAAAGCAAUGACAAAUAAUCACCGUAAAGUUGCCUUUUCUCGAUUGUUAAAUCGUGAUCGAUUUGAAAACUCUGAACUGGAAUCCUUGUAUCAGAGAUACAUUUUCAAGCUCAAUCAAUCAUCCAUUCUAAGUGUUUUACUUCUCUUCUCUCUGUUAACCUUAAUCCUAUCCAUUCUUGAAUUUUACUUCUACGAAAAAAUAACCGUCAUUGGUUUCUUUUGUGCACUCCAAUGUAUCACCUUUGUUGGUUUAUUUAUCUUAAGUUACACCAAACCAAUGGAAGAUGAUCAUCUCAUCGGUGUUUGUUACACUAUUAUCACCGCCUGUAUAUUCUUUUGUCUUCUCUAUGCACCUAUUGAUAUAAAAUUAAGACAUCCUUGGCUUGGUAAUUCUUGGUGGGAUCGUAAUCACAAUGCAUCUGAAGGUGUAUGGCAAAUAGUUUUGGUUAUAUUCAUUGUUUACACAUUGUUACCAGUUAGAACCCGCUAUGCUGUUUUAAUUGGAGUUUUGUUGCCUUCUUCUCACCUGGUCAUCUCAAUAUUGAUGGCAAACGCAUUUUUGGAAUACAAAGUCCAAGCUUUAUGGGCUAACGGUUUAAUAUUUGCAUGUAUCAACAUGGCAGGAUUGUUUGUUAAUCAUUUAAUGGAGCAUGCUGGGCGAAAAGCUUUCCUCAAUACCAGAAAUUGUAUAAGUGCUCGUCUUGAAAUGGAGGAUGAAAAUGAAAAACUUGAAAGACUUUUACUCUCUGUGUUGCCUCAACAUGUAGCAAUGGAAAUGAAAGCUGAUAUUUUGGCACCCAAAGAGUUGGGUCAAUUUCACAAAAUUUACAUUCAAAAGCACGAAAAUGUCAGCAUUUUAUUUGCCGAUAUUGUUGGUUUCACAGUUUUAGCUUCUCAUUGCAACGCUUCAGAUCUAGUUCGUUUAUUGAAUGAACUUUUUGGUCGAUUCGAUCAACUGGCCAACGACAACCAUUGUUUGCGCAUCAAAAUACUCGGAGAUUGUUAUUAUUGUGUCUCCGGUUUACCAGAACCAAGAUCUGACCAUGCCCAUUGUGCCGUUGAAAUGGGUCUUGACAUGAUUGAUGCCAUUGCUUCUGUGGUUGAAGCAACCGAUGUCCAAUUAAACAUGAGAGUUGGUAUCCAUACUGGUAGAGUGUUGUGUGGUGUCAUUGGUUUACGAAAAUGGCAGUAUGAUGUUUGGUCAAACGAUGUAACUUUGGCCAACGCCAUGGAAGCAGCCGGUGAACCGGGUAGAGUUCAUAUAACCCAAGCAACCUACGAUUGUCUGCACAAUGAAUAUGAAGUUGAACCCGCUGCCGGAGCAGACAGAAAUCCAACUUUACGCAAGCACAAUGUUGUUACCUAUUUCAUUAUUCCUCCCCAACAACGACGUAAACCAUUGCUUUUCAACACCCUUCAAGUUCGCCAUCUUGCUGGAACAGCAGGCCGCCGGAAAUUGUCUUUCAAAAAUGUCUCCAGUGUGCUUGUUCAAUUACUUCAUUCAAUCAAAUUUAAUGUUGACGUUCCUUUCUCAAAUAUGGCAAUGGUAUCGACAGGAAAUAUGCAAAAUGAAUCUUCACUAGAUGAUCAAUUAUCCCACAAGAAGAAAAUGGCUGAUAAACUGAGAAAACCAUUCAAAAAGCGUCACUCAGCAACUCACCAUCAAGCAACAAAUCGGGUGAACAAAUAUCUAUCUCAAGCCAUUGAAGCUCGCAGUGUAGACCGAGAAAAAUCAACUAAUGUAAACUGGUUUACAUUAUGUUUCAAAGAUCGGAUAAAGGAGAGGCAAUACCAUGAAAAUAAAGAUCAUGGCUUUGGCAUGUCAUUAUCUUGUGCAUUAGCCAUACUUAUUAUGUUGACCGCUGUUCAAAUUGUCAUCCUUCCUAGGACGCUCAUGUUGGUUGUACUGUUUGUUGCUGCUUUCAUGUGGCUUGCCACUUUAUUGAUAAUGAUGUUGGCUGCACGUUUACAGUUUAUGCGAAAAGAUAUAACAAAAUAUUUCCUAAUGAGACUAGGAAUUAUGAUAUUUACCGUUGUGAUAAUUUACGCUGUUGCACAAGUCAAUGUGUUUUCCUGUCUCGAGGAAUCUCGUUGUGAAAAUUCAACUCUUAUACCGAAACCUUUUAUGCAAGCUCAUCGAGUCUGUCCCCUUCCUCAGUACAUUGUUUUAAGCUGUGUUAUUGCAUUUCUACCUUUGGUUGUGUUCCUGAGACUUCCAGUUUUACUCAAAGGAGCCUUGAUUAUUCCAAUGGCUGCUGUUUUCUUAUUAGUAAUUGAGUUAACUCACACUCAAUUAUUUACUUGUUAUGAUUUAAGAGUUGGAUCAAUUAUUCCGAUGGAUAUUAUUGGGAUUGUUGUUAUUGUAAUCUUUUCGGUUGCUGUACUCAUUCAUGGACGACAAGUUGAAUGGACAUCAAGACUUGAUUUUCUUUGGAAUGCUCAGGCUAAUGAAGAAAAGAUUGAAAUGCAUGAAUUGCAGGAUAGCAAUAGAAGGAUUUUAUUCAACCUUUUACCAGCUCAUGUUGCCACUCAUUUCCUUGAUAAUCAACUUCGUAAUAAUAUGGAGCUUUAUAGCCAUUCAUAUAAUAAAAUUGGAGUAAUGUUUGCAAGUAUUCCAAAUUUUCAUGAAUUUUACGAUGAAAUGGAUGGUAAUAAUCAAGGAGUCGAGUGCCUUCGUUUACUCAAUGAGAUUAUUGCUGAUUUUGAUGAGAUACUAAAUAAAGAUGCCUACAGAAGUAUUGAUAAAAUUAAAACCGUUGGUUCUACUUACAUGGCCGCUGUUGGCCUGAUUCCUGAACAUCGAAUACCAGAUAAAGACGAUGCUAUUGCAGCUGAAUAUAUGAGCCUCUUGGUUGACGUUGUUUUUGAUAUGAAGGAAAAACUGAAAGACAUUAAUGAAAAUUCGUACAAUAAUUUUAUGCUUCGUGUUGGUCUAAAUGUUGGACCUGUUGUGGCCGGUGUCAUUGGGGCCAGAAAACCUCAAUAUGAUAUUUGGGGUAACACUGUUAAUGUUGCCAGUCGGAUGGAUUCAACAAGUUUACCCAAUCAUACUCAAUGUACAGAAGAUGUAUACCGUUUACUUAGAGAUUAUCCGUAUACAUUUCAAUGUAGAGGAACCGUAAAUGUAAAAGGAAAAGGUGAAAUGACCACUUAUUUCCUUUUGGAUCGACAGAGAUUUGGUUAUAGUGGAAGAGCUAUUCCACCAGCGUCCGAUUUUAAUGAAAAUGGAAAUGGCAAUAACAAUAAUAACAAUAACAAUAGUAAUUCUGGACGAGACAAUCAAAGUGGUUCCAUGUCAAGAGCCGUUAAGACUUCUAGGCAAACUCUUGAUGCAUACAAUCAAUCAAGUGGCCCAAGGCCACACAGGACAUCAUCAUCGGAUAAUAUUGAAAUGGACAAUAAUACUCAAAUGAAAAUUGUUAAUAAUCCAGGGAAAUACUCAUUUGAUAAUAGCAAUAACAGUACAAGAAAUAAACAACAACAACAAGGAGCUUCAACUUCUAUGGAAGAUGACGAUUCACCUCAAUUUUAUGCUAUGUCAAACAUUAAUCAAGAGCUGAUUGCUCGAUCAAAGGCUAACCUUAGCCUUUUCAAACGACCUCUGCCCAAUCUCCCUCCUACCAUUGAAGAAUCUCCUAAAAGUGAUUUGGUUUCGUCUGAAGCUUCAUCUCCUUUGCUCAAAAAUCGUCCACAUCAUUGGCAUAAUGAUGUUAGGCCAUCUAAUUUUUCUCAGACUGAUUCUGUUAAUGAAUCUAAUUCAACUCAAAAACCUAACUGUAUUCAUAAUCAAACUUAUGGAGAUGCAUUUGCUCUCAGCGAAAUGAAUUUACUUAAUCCAUCGCACAGCUCUUCAUUUAGAAACCACUCUAAGAUUGAAGCUAAUCGUUUACAUAGUCAAAAGCCCGAUGUAACAAUAAUUAAUAUGCCUCACUGUGACCCAUCUCAUCAACCUAUUGGACGUCCAUCUUCAGGUGAUGGAUCCUCAUUUUAUCAAAUUUCAUCUUCCUCAUCUUCAUCUCAAACCUCACUUUCACCUUCAUCAAGUUUAUUUAAUAUACAAGAUCAUCCUGAUUCGGAGCAAUGUACUAAUUUUAGUGAUGAAGAAAGCCCAACGCCUUUAACUAAUCGACUUUCCGGUGACUCUAGUAACCUCAAAUGGGUUUAUCCCGAUGAUGUUAGUCAACAGGUAAAUACUAACCACGGGAAAGGAGACGAUUAUGGAGAUGGAAAAGUUAGAAUGAAACAAGACCAUUCCUCGUAUUCUGUUGAUAACGAAUCAACCUCAAGUCAUGGACUUGCUUGUAUAAAACCUAAAAUGGAUUCUUCCUCACAGACUGAAUCAUCUUACUUAAUUUCAAAUCACUCUCGUCAUCAUCAUCCUCACCAUCAUCACCAUUACCAUCAUCCACAUAAUCAUCAUCAUUCUAAUUCCAAGCAUGAUUUCACUGGUCCUUCAGCUGGAUCAAGAGCUUCCAAAGAAUCCAAUACUAAUAGUGGUCGACGUCGAUCUAAAGCAAACAAAAGGUCAGAGAAUCGAAGGCCAGGAGGAGGAUCAAAUGCUUGGAAGGAAGAGAAAGAAGGAUUAGCUCCUCUACUCGGCAAAAGGUUUUCUAGUAAUGAUCCUAGUCACAAUGAUACGGCCACUGAUUCAGAUAAUGAAGAGAAUGACUUAGAAUCUGAUGAAUAUGGAUUUAAUAAUGAUACUGGUUAUGCUAAACCUAAUCCAACAUCCAAGCUCUCCUCGGGAAGCCUUAAUUAUCUAUUGAAAAACUCAUCCAAAUCUAGAAAGGGUUCUCUCCCUGACUACAAGAGCAAUAAAUCAUGUAAUAAUCCUGUCAAUAACAGUGUUGCCAUACCUGGCCGUAAAAUUCAGUCAUUUGAUUAUUUUGAAGAACCAAGUUCUAGUAGAUCUCGAAUCAAUGACCGAGAUUCGCAUCCACUGAUGGACGAAGAUUUUAAUUCAACUAUUGGUGCUGAUGGUGGAGCAGAUCAACCUGCUGGACAUUCUCAAAUAGUCAGUAAUAUGGUUCAGCCAGAUCUGUUUGAACACUUAACUCGCUUUAUUCCCGGAGAUAAAUUGCAUUAUUUUGUCGAUACCAAUAAUGAAAAUUUUGAUUUAUCUCCCAUUGAAUCCAAAUUAACGACUUCGGAACCAACAAUUGUCAAAAGACCUUCCUUAGAGGAUGAAUCCAACGAAACUUCAACUAGCUCUUAUAAGAGUGAGUUAAUCAAUCUUGACUCAAGUCCUAAAAUAAGGAAACCAUUAGCUAAUCGAUUCAUGGUUAAUCAACAUCCAGAAGAAGAUAAUUCAAAUUCAAAGAGUGAUCGAACAAUUGGAAAUGAAGAUGAUAACGAAGCUUCAAGAACUUCCAAUUUGACUACUAAAGAAUCAGAAAUUGAAAACUUAGACUCGGAUUUCACAUCUGCUCUUGAUGCUCAUCAAAUUAAUGACUUUGAUGAGGAUGAUGAAGAAGAGACUGGUGAAAAUGAUAGUAAUGAUGAAAGUGGAGAAAUAGAUGAUGAUAAUCCUGAGCCUGAUGACGAACCAGGGUUGGAUUGUGAAGACGAAGAUGGAAACGAAAACGAUCAUCAAUCAACUAAUAGACAUAAUGGGGUUUACAUUGGUGAUAUUGAAAGUGAAGGAGUCGAUGAAGAUGAAGAAAGACAACUUGACGAGCUGAUGACAAGAAAUGAUACUCAUCUUAAUAAUGCUGAUGCAGCAAGUGAUGCUGAUGAUGAGGCGGACAGGAAUGAGAUAGAAGAUAAAAAAAUUACAAGAAAUAAGCCUGAAAAUAUUAAGGUACCAAGGGCUAAUGAAGGAGCUUUAAGUGAGGUUAACUCGCUUCUAAAUGAUGCUGGUAAUGAUGGAGAUAUUGAUGAUACAAGUUUAUCUUCUCGAGCAAGUUCACGAGUAUUCAAUGAGUGUGACCGUUGGUUUGAAAAUAAUUACCAAUCCGAUUCUGAUACUAAUCAAAAUAAUUACGUGGUUGUUUCUGUCCCUAGUCCAGUAAUAAACGAUCGAGAUGCUUACGGUUGUGAAACUUCCAGUGAUUUUGAGAUAAACUAUUUUAAUGAAGACUCACUUUAUGCAAAUUCACAAGACCAAACAAAUUUUAAUAAUCCAUUAGAAGCUUGCUCUCAUAAAAAUCUCAGAGGAUUAGCUGGACCCACUGGAGAUGAUAACAGGAACGUUUUAAACAGUCACGCAGAUUCAACAGAUUGUAUAAUUAAUUAUGAAUCUCUUCAAAACUGAUAAUCAAUACUUAAUAUCUGAAUUUACCAAGCCAGUGACCAGCGAUCUCAAAAUACCAUAAUUUUAAGGAACCAUCAAACUUAAUCAAUUAAAUAACCGAGAAUAUUUAAAAACAAACGAAAAAUCAAAUACAUCAAUGCUUAUUUAGAUGAUGAUGUAGCUAUGUAUAUGUAUAUUAUUAUGCCUAAGCUCUAAGGCUGAUUGUGAUCCCUUAAUUUAAUUUUUUUGUAACACAUUAAUGUGCCAAUCAAACUUGUCUUUUUACUUUAAAUUGUUUCCAAUUUAUCAGAUAAGCAUAAAAAAUGGCGAUGAAACAAAAUUCAGCUUAUUUCUCUUCUUUGACGGGAAUGCAUUUUUUUGUAAAUUAUUUCAGCUCAAUUACCAUGUAUAUUUACAUUUCUUAUUUUAGUUUCAUAUUUACAACCAACUUUUUCAAUCAUUCCCACAAGAUUAGCAUUUGUAGCUGUAUUAAUCAAUUGUAAUUUGUGAUUCUACCAAUCAAUACAAGACUUAAUGGCAGUUUGAAAUUGUUUUCAACUGACCUUUAAUGUUCUUUGCACAAACUAUAA